AUGCCACUCCACUUACUAGGGAAGAAGUCGUGGAACGUGUACAAUGCCGACAACAUCGCCCGUGUUCGUCGCGAUGAAGCCGCCGCAAAGGCCGCCGAAGAAGCUGAGGAGCAGCGCAUGCAAGAGAUAGAUGCACAAUGGCGCUUAGCUAUUCUUCGAGGCGAAGCACCACCGCCGAUAGAAGACGAUGAAGCACCAAAAGACGAGGAGCCUCCCGCUCGAGAUCGAGAUGCGUCGCAGAGGACGAGUACGCGACGAAAGCGAAAACGACCAGGCGAGGACGACACCGACUUUGAGAUGCGAAUAGCAAGAGAAAAUGACAACUCGGCUCUUGUAAGAAUAGAGCCCGAGAAGAAGAGCACAAGUUCUGCGCCCCUUGUGGAUCACAAUGGACAUAUCGAUCUUCUGGGCGAUGAGAAGUCAAGAGCUCAUGCCGAGAAGAAUGAGGAAGCUGAAAAGGAAGCGAAGAAGAAAAAACAGAGCUACGAGGACCAGUACACAAUGCGCUUCUCGAAUGCUACUGGAAAGGAUGGCGUUCUUAAACCAUGGUACUCUCAAUCUGAUGCUGCAGCCCCUGAUGCCUCGUCAAAAGACGUAUGGGGAAACCAGGACCCCAAUCGCAAAGAACGAGAUGCCAAGCGCAUAGUAUCCAACGACCCUCUCGCUAUGAUGAAAAAGGGAGCUUCCAAGGUCCGAGAGAUCAAACAGGAGAGGAAGCGUUUCCAAGAAGAAAGAGAGAAAGAGCUGAAGCAGAUGCGCCGAGAUGAACGACAUCGAGUAGAGAGCGACAUCAGAGUCGCGAUCGUGACGAGGAGAGAUCUCCCGGUCGACAUGAGCGGAGACACAGAUCAAGAGAAGGAAAUCAUAGCCGCAGUGGUCAUUCUGAUUCACGAAGCCGAAGACAUGAGCGUCAUGAUAGAGAAGGGUCACGGCAGGAGAGGCGACACUACGAGGAGAGUGGAGAACGAAAAGAGAGAUCCCGGAGAGACGAUGGAUAUCAAAAAGGAGACUCACGAUCUUCAGAGGGGGUUCAUUAUGAACGACGACUACACCAUUCCAAAGACCGAUAGCUUAGCAUAA